CACUGAUAGGCGACACUGAUUGGCAGCACUGAUUGGCAGCACUGAUUGGCAGCACUGAUGGGUGACAUUGAAAGGCAGCUCAGAUGGGCACUGAUAUGUGGCAUUGAUGUGCACUGGUAUACACUGAUAUAUGGCAUUGAUGUGGCACUGAUGGGCACUGGCACGUGGCACUGAUGAGCACUGACAGGUCGCACUUCUGGGGCCACACUGAUCAUCAGGGCACACUGAUCAUCACUGCCCUGAUGAUCACUGUCGGCGUGACAACUCGAGAGGAGAGAAAUGCCGAUAACCGGCAUUUCCGUGUUUACAUGUGAUCAGCUGUGAUUGG